AUGUCUGAAAGAUAUGGCUUAUCUGAAUAUCCUGAGUUGGAGCAAGUAAUUGAUUGUAUUUUCCGAGAAAGUAUAGUGUCUCGACCAUACGAAUACGCUCCACCACCAUAUUCGGAGUCCACGCCGGGUUUGGCACACCCACGCCAUGAAUAUAUUGCGCCAUUGCCACCACCAGCUUACUCAGAGGAUGAGCCACCAAAUUCGGAGCUUCCGCAGCCAAUAGCCUUGUCAACUCUGUCCUCUGCAUUCUUCGAGGCCACAGACUUCUUGGCUGAGCUUGGUGUGGCCUGUCGCUCGAGUGCUGCUGUCGAUACCCCACGGAUGAAGUGUGCUCGGGCGAUCGUGGGAUUAUUUGGUAUCAAGUGCGCAAACAAUUUGGUCGAUAGCUGCACCUCCACAAGCUGCGAUCAUACGCUUCGCAGCGCUGCAGAGGUGGUGACUGAACUGAUGAAAAUGGUGCACAGCCAAAAUGAUUUCACGUGUAUUUCAUAUACAUUGACCAAAACAAGUCGACCCAUAUUCGAGGCUUACUUUACGGCAUACGUGGCCGUGUUUGCUAGCGCUGGGAUGGGUUUGGAAUUGUUGGAGAUGCUGAAGGAUUGUCGCCUCUUCAAUUUCAAUGGAGCUGCCAGUAUUCGUCCAAUCUUCACUGCCUUGAAGAGCAUGGGAAUGGAAAGUCAGGCUACGCAGACUAUGAUGAGUAACUUGUGUGAGCCCGAAGAAGCACUCACAUUUAAGGCAGCGACGAUCACUGUAUUGGAAGUGUUGGCCUCCUCCAACUGGUACGAUUAUGUUUCCGUCCUUGUCAUGUUGACCAAGAGAUACGAUUUCGUCAUACCAACGGAGAUAUUGAAAACCAUUCUAUACUCCACCUUCGGGAAAAGGGAUUGGAAGACAGCAGCCAUACCGUUGCUGGAAAUUAUUCCCAGCCAAGUUGCACAGCGUGCAGACAUGUUGGGAGUAAUUCAAAUGCUUGAAAAGUUUCAAAACAGCCCUGUGAUGAUGGGGGAAAAUGAAGACCGCUCCUCUGGCCAGCAGUCGUAAAUUCUUCUCAAGGGUUGUCACUUCUUCAAAGAUAUACAAUCCGGGACAUCUGCAUCUCCAGCUGUUUCUGCGGCUGACCAAUGCUGGACCACCCGCUGCCCGUUGUAUCUGACAAACUGUCGUACAAGUUCUGUGGCGUCUGCGAAAUAUAUAACCAAAAAAAAAAAACAAACAUCAUUUAAAAUUCCUUAUAUUGAAUACACACACCAUAAAUGUAUACACAAUUUGAUGAAUAACGAGAGUUUACG